GGCGGAUAAAAUGGCGGCAGGCGCCGCUGCCCUGAAUUGGAGGCGCGUUUCUUCUUUCACGGGGCCGGUCCCCCGAUCCCGGCAUGGCCAUCGCGCCGUGGCCAUCCGCGAGCUGGUCAUCAUCUUCGGGGGCGGCAACGAAGGCAUCGCCGAUGAGCUGCAUGUGUACAAUACCGCCACAAACCAAUGGUUUCUUCCUGCUGUCAGAGGAGAUAUUCCACCAGGGUGUGCAGCCCAUGGAUUUGUCUGUGAUGGUACCAGAAUAUUAGUGUUUGGAGGAAUGGUUGAAUAUGGAAGAUAUAGUAAUGAUUUGUAUGAACUGCAGGCAAGUCGAUGGCUGUGGAAAAAAAUGAGACCCCAGGCCCCUUCAGCAGGUUCAUCUCCAUGCCCUCGCCUUGGCCAUAGCUUCUGUCUAUACGGCAAUAAGUGUUACUUAUUUGGUGGACUGGCAAAUGAGAGCGAAGACUCAAACAAUAACAUUCCCAGAUAUUUAAAUGAUUUCUAUGAAUUGGAGCUACAGCAUGGCUCAGGAGUCAUAGGCUGGAGUAUUCCAUUGACCAGAGGAGUUUUGCCAUCUCCCAGAGAAUCCCACACAGCUGUUAUAUAUUGUAAAAAAGACUUGGGAAAUCCAAAAAUGUUUAUGUUUGGAGGGAUGUCUGGUUGCCGGCUUAAUGAUCUUUGGGAGCUUGAUAUAGAGACAAUGACUUGGUCGAAACCAGAAACUAAAGGGACAGUGCCACUUCCCCGUAGUCUCCAUACAGCCAGUGUAAUAGGAAACAAAAUGUACAUUUUUGGUGGAUGGAUCCCACAGAGUACAGAUGAGAGCCUCCCUGCUCAAGAUGGGGAAUGGAAAUGUACUGGUUCAUUUUCUUACUUAAAUUUAGAUACUUUAGAAUGGAUAAAUCUAAUCCCAGAUUGCCAAGAAGAUAAAAACAAUGUGUUACCCGGUCCAAGAGCUGGCCACUGCACAGUCAUUGUUGGCUCUCGCUUGUAUAUAUGGAGUGGCAGAGACGGCUACAGGAAAGCUUGGAACAAUCAAGUUUGUUGCAAAGAUCUUUGGUAUCUAGAUACAGAGAAACCACCAGCACCAUCACAGGUACAGCUGAUCAGAGCUACAACUAAUUCAUUUCAAGUUAAAUGGGACGAAGUUCCUACUGUUGAAGGAUACCUUCUUCAACUAAAUUUAGAUGUGCCCACACCGGUUUCAGCUGAUGUACCCUUUACUUUGGCACCUGAACCACAGUCAUCCUGUGUGCAAGGAACUAAACUGGAUCUCCACCCCAAAACUCUCAGUGCCUCAAGCAAUGUGCAAAUUUCCAUUUCAGAGGCUAAAGCCAAGAUUCCAGAAACUGAAAAUAUGAAGAAAAACCAUUCCGGUUCCAAAGAGUCCAGUGUCCCUUUAUGUUUACCUGCUAGCACUUUAGAUCCUCAGAGGUCAGCAAAUCUAAAUGAAUUACUUGACUUUGAUUCGAGAUCUUCCCAAGUAGAUACUUCUACAUCUAGCAUAGCCUCCACCACACAAAAUAUAGUAACCCAGCAGGCUGUUAGAACCAAUUCGUCAAACGGGGCAGUUGCAAAAGAUGAAACUUCAUUAUUAUUAACAGUUAAAGAGUCUCCAGUGCCCUCAACUAGAGUCACAGUUAUUAAUCCUCUUGAUUCAGCUAUACAAUCGCCUAAAACUUCACCACCAAAGCAGAAUGCAAGAGUGAGGACACAAGAACGAAAGUGGAAUGAUGUUGGGAUUUUUCAAAGCAAUACGGCAUUAGUGAGCCAGUUUUAUUUGCUGCAAGAAGAAAAGAUUCUUUCCAGCAAGAAGGGAGACAAUACGGAUAUUCCAAAUGCCAGUUUAUUUAAGAAACAGGAUCUCGCUCCUGGCACUUUAUACAGGUUCAGGGUUGCUGCAAUUAAUGGAUGUGGUGUAGGGCCUUUCAGCAAAAUCAGUGAAUUUAAGACUUGCAUCCCUGGAUUUCCCGGAGCACCUUCAAUUGUCAAAAUUAGCAAGAGUGCAGACUGUGUUCAUCUUUCAUGGGAGCCUCCAGUUUCCCCUUCGGGAAAUAUCUUGGAAUAUUCCGCUUAUUUGGCAAUAAGAACCACCCAGCUUCAUGAAAAUCCUAGUCAACUUAUGUUUAUGAAAAUCUAUUGUGGCCUUAAGACCUCAUGUACAGUAACUGCUGCCCAGCUUGCAAACGCUCACGUUGAUCAUACAUCCAAGCCGGCCAUUGUGUUCAGGAUUUCGGCUAAGAAUGAGAGGGGGUACGGACCGGCCACACAGGUUCGAUGGCUCCAAGAAAUGAAAACAUCAGGCUCAAAGUAGAAGCAGGAUAUUCCACUGCGGAUUAUGAAUUGGCAGUUAGUACUCUUGAAGUUUUAUGAAACUUCCAAAUAUUUCAUUUUAUGCCAGCUUGAGAUCAGCAUGGUACAGUCUUGAAAAACUGGGCCUAUAGUGAUCAUAUUUUUUGGUAGUACUUUACCCAGCAUGGUCACUGGCUACUAUCCAGAAGGUUAUGUAAUCACCUGAAUUUUUGGAGAGUCUUCCUUACAACAUCUCCUAACACAGAGAUCCCCAGCUGUGUUAGCUUCCAACACAUAGGAAAGGGCCAUAGCUCAAUGAUUGAGCAUGUGCCUUGCAUGUGAAAGGUGCCAAGAGAAAAUUUCUGGCUAGUUCAGCUGGGGUUGAGAAAGGCCCUGUCUGAAAGCUCAGAGAAUUGCUCCUGAUUAAUGUAGACAAUCUUGAGUUAGAUUAUGGUUUGAAUAAGGUUCUUUGUGUUUCUAAACAUAGAUGCUCAAUUACUGCUUAAAUUUCAUUAAAUUUAAAAAGAAAGUUUGUGAUGUGUUAUGAAAAUUGCUUAAAGAGAAAUUUACCAGAGGAGGAAUAAUAAUAAUAAUAAUGUGUUUUAAGUCACCUUAUUGGUGAAAUAGGAGGCAUAUAUAGUACAUAAAUAGUAAUUUCUCUUUAAAUUAUUUUCAGAACAGAUUUAUAAAUGUUUAAGAUAGAACUCAGAGGUUUGCUUGGGGAGCAAAUAAGCGAGUCUCCAAAAACUUUGCUUGUGUUCAGAUCCUCGUGGAUGAUGGUCUGUAAAACUAUUGUAGAAUGAGCUGUUCGAAGACUGCUGUAAAUAUAUAGCAUCAGAGAUGCUGAAAGUGAAUUAUUUGGUUUUCAACGGCAUAAUAAUGGCCUUUUUAAAAUCAUUAAUACUGGUUAAUUGAGUCACCUUUUUACAAUAGUAACUAUUUCAGAGAAAAGUGAUUUGUCUUAGGCUUUUAUUCGUUCAUUUUUAUGGCGUAGGUAGGGCUGUUUUUGAUGUACAACUUUAUUCAUGGGUAUGAGUCUCAUCAACCUUAUCAAAAAAAUUAGGAAACAAGGCAAUAUGUUUCCUUGUCAAACAAGAGUUGUUUCCCUACCUAAUUACAUGUUUUUGAAAGUAUUUGUGGGAGUGACUUGGAGGGAAUGAAAGCCAUCAUAUAAAAAAUUAUCUUUGUAGAAUGAACUAUAGUUUUGUGCUGAGACAGCGUGCCUUUGUCCAGUGAGAGGUUAAAAGACUCUUGAGUUAACAUGAUGGCCAGCCUAAGAAUGAAAAACAACUUCAACAAGCAGAGCCUAUACUCAGUUACUUUUGUGUACACCACAAUCAACUGGUUACAUUCAUUCAUUUAAAGCUGCAGUUGUGCAGAAUCCACAGGCCCACACAGCUCUGUCGCCCUUAUUUCUGUACCAUCAAGAUACAGUGCUUAUCAAAAUUCAGCAUUGUUAAUUUUUGAUAGUGCAACUUUUUCUGGUUUUAAUAAAGAUAAGGGCUAGAACUAGUGCUUUAAUGCCUUCUUACCUGCUGCCUGAGAAGCAAAUUGAAAAUAUCUCCAUUAAUUCCUUGGCAGGUUCACUGUCAAGAUUUCUGUCUUCUAGUACCCACAAAAAAAAUGCAACCCAGGCUGCAAAACACUGGCCUGUGCAAUGGGUAUAAAUCCCAUUGAGCUGUGUAGAGCUUAUUUCUGAACAGUUUUGCAUAAACAAUUUUUUUAUGCUGCCCAUAAUAUAUAGGUUAAUGACCUAAUUUUGGAACAAGGCAAAGCUGAUGUGAUGCCAUAGGUCAGUACAGGGCUUCCAGCAAACUCUGACUAUUUGGCUUAAUACAAUGGCAUUAUAAGGUAGAACCCAAAAGAUAAGCAUCAAAUGCAGUCCCCAAAGUAUGACAAAUCACAAGUGAGUAGAUGAUGCUCCUGUUCCACCUGAAUUUGAUAUAUAUGCAGAUUUGUUCUCCUCUGGCUUAUAUUUUGUAUCCAUGUUUAGUGUAACGAAGAUACUUUUGUUUACAGUAACUUAAAAUGUAUAGAAUAUUUUAAUAUAUUCAUUUUUGUAAAGAUUUUUCUAGUGUUUACAAACACAUAUUCUAAUCUUUGAGAAUAUCCUAAUAUGCAAAUUGCUAAACUAGUCACUUCUGUUAUGAAAAGCGAACUCUGUGUAAAUGCACUACUAUUAAUUUCUCAUGGGCAUAGAAAUGUUAAAAUCUGUAGAAAGUUUGAACGUGUACAAAAGUACUCCAUAAUGAACGCAUCACAUACCCACAAAAAAAACAAAGAAGAAAAAAAGGGAAAGAAUCCUACACGUUGUUUUGGCAUAAUCAUGCUAUUUUGCACUAGUAAGAAUUGUAACAUUUUUGUGUUGCUUCCAGAAAUUAACUGUAUUGGUCUAAAGUUAAAGCAGAUUUGCACAUCUUUGCAUUGCUUUUCCAACACAUGUUUUUCAUGACUUUCCUCAAAGGCUUGGGAUUUUAUUUUGCUAAUUGCCUUAGUUUCCUAUCAUAAUAUUGGAUUUCUGUAACAUUUUUAUCUUAAUCAUGUUAUGACUAAUGUGCCAGCUGCUUCAUUGCCCUUCACAAUUUUUCUACAUGAGACAGCAAAAUAGUGCAAGUGCACCAAAAAGUAAUAAUCUAGACUUACGUUCAGAAUGCCAGUGUGCACUUUUAUCUACCACCUUAUGUAGCAAAAAUGUGUAUGAAGCACUUACUAGGAAUGUUAAUCUGUUCCUAAGCACACAAGUGUAUUAAAUAGAGGCAUUUAGAUGCCAUUUUAUACAUGAGUAAUUGUUUAUCAUAAUAUAGCAUAAAGUGGCUAAAUUGUGCCAGUAUAUAAUAUAGGUGGUGAAUAAAGCUUAAUGAUGCAUCCCACAGGGAUACUUCUGUGAACAAUAGUGCUUUUUACAUUAAUUUGCAUGGAUGUUAUACAGGUUCCUGUGGAUUGCAUCCUUUGGCAUCUAAAUAAAAUGAUUUUUUAAAAAAAAUCUAUUUUGAAACCCGAUUUAGUGCAUAUGUGCAAUAGAAUGAAUAUUUUGCACUUCAGUUUUCCAUCAAUGCAUAAGAAUUAAGAUGGGAAUCACUUGAUCUGCAAGGAUCAGUUUUAAAGUGGAUUAUGGUAAUAUUAAUGCUUUACUAUCAUUCCAUGGUCACAGUUACAAAACAUCUUUGAGAAGGCCCAUUGGAACCCAUUCUUAGGUAGACAAACUGGGAUAAAUUCAUUUGAAGAAAGUCUGUUUUGGCUUAGUUCCUAGUAAACCAUGAGAUGAUUGGGUAUAUGAAUUACUGGUUAUGAUAUAUUAAUUAAGCCACCGUGAUUUGCAUGGUUUAUGGCUUAAUGUUAGACAAACCAUUAUGGCUUCCACAAAAUGGCUUAGCAUAAUCCCAGUGAGUUCGUGGUUUGGAUAGAAUUAGGACCCAACUCCCCCAGCUUUUAUCUCCAAUACUUAUGAAUAAUCUUCAUCCAGAGAUAUUUGAACAACAGCGGCAAACAGUUUGAUGUAUGGGAACAGGUGGUUUGUACUCUCAAAUGUGUGGGAACUGAAAUUUCCAGAAUAGUAGUUAAAAGCUCCAGUCCUAAGACAUCAGGAGAGUGGCAGGUGGAGAAAGCUACCCUAAGAUAAUAGAAUUCUAACUUUACAAUAAUCAUACUAAUGCAGAACAAUCUGUAAUGCCAUGAAAAGCAGUCGACUAUUUGUUAAAAGCUUUCUAAUAAAUUAGACAUUUAGUAGCACUUUUUACUGGCUACUCUCUAAGAAGGAAUAAGUUCCAUCAACAAACUUUUGUGUAUGUUAGUCAGCUGACAGUAACUUUUGCUUACUGGGUUUUUUCCUGAGAUAAAUAUUUGCAGUGUGAUGUAAAGAGAAUGGGAUGGGAUGUCACUUAUACUACCUAUACAACCCUGUGUCUAUUUGUGGCAUAAUAAUACAGAUGCUCAGAGUGAAACUAACAUACUCUUUCAUGCACCUUAUAUGUACCCUUUCCUAAGGCAAGUAUGUAACAACACCCCAGAGAAAAUAUAUGUUGCAGCCAUACAAUUCUGGUUGUUCUUAGCAAUUAAAAAUAGCUCAAGCUAACAUUAGAUUUUCGAAACUAGUACUGUGAAAUGGAAACUUCAAAAAUCUAUAAAUACUUUCUUCAAAGUUGAAGGUAGUAUUUCCUGAGAAGCAUCCAUUUUAGAUGCUCGGAGAAUUUCAGCUCUUCCUUGAAUUGUCAUAAGAAAUGUGCUUCCUCUCAUUUUACCUGCCACACACUUCCAACUCUGGAUUGAAUCCAGAUAUCCCAGUGGUCACAGGGUCAAAGAGAAAUACCUUUAGGAAAUCAGUCAAUGUAGGUAUAGUGUUUUGUUUUCUAUAACUUUUUUGAAUUAGGAGGCCUACUGUGACAGAAUGUGAGAAUUAUAUGGCUAUUAAUAACUUUUGAUUGUAGAUACCUUACUUAACAAUAUGAUCUGUUGAGUAUAUCUGUGAGUAUUUUUGCACUUUUGAGUUCAUAUAUUUCUGCACUUGUUUUAAGAGUAUGUCAUGAUUACCAAAGGUAAAAUUGUGGUGGUGUUAAUUCAGACCUGAGAUUCAGUGUACAUGUGCUUAUGCCAAUAGGUUAUUAUGAGUUAACCACAAUUCAGCAGUUUCCCAUAUAGAACUAGAUUAGUAACAAGUGUAGAAUUUCUUUGGUAGCCUCACCCAUACAUUGUCGAGCUAUUUUUGCAGCCGUCUUCUCUUAAUAGCACUUAAAAUGUAUUUCAUCCAACUAUAAAUUUAUAUUUGAAGCAUAUUCUGUUUAAAAGUAUUGAUAUAUUUGGAUAAAUGGGUCAACCUAAGUUCAUUUAAAAUAUAUAUAAAAUCAGACUAUUUGGGAAACUGAUUGUUGGUUUGUUUGUUUUGCUUGCCUUUGUAAAUAUAUGUAUAACAAUCUUGUAUAAAUUAGUCCAUCCUGUUCCAACUUCAAUAAUAAUAGACUUAGUAUCGAACUUUAUAAAUGGAAAAGUCUGUUGCUAUUUAUUCAACUUCAGUUUUGUUUGUGACAUGGAGUGUGAAUAAAAAUUUGGCAUGGUUCAGAGGGUCAUGUAUGUAUUUAUGGUAAUAAACUGAUACAAAUAAGUCUUUUGCCUAUGUAUGUGGAUUGCAAUUCCAAAUAACUGCUUACCAGUUUUAGAAUAAAAUUGAAGUAUGAAAAUCAGCUUCUUGGUUUCAUACACUGGUUUGUUCUAAAACAUAUACCCAUAUGCUGGGUUUGGUAAAAUGGAAUACACCAAUUAAUUUGACAUUUCCCCAUUGACCUAUUGAAUAAAGUACAGUACUUAGUGUUGUAAAAAUGCUGAGUUAUUAUUCAGAAAGGUAUGUAAGAAAGAGGAAGAAUGGCUCAUGUGUCUGUUUGUUUACUAAAGUAAUGUGACCAUCUGAAUGCAGCCAUUUUUGGGUAUGAUUUAUAGCAAUAUUUGACCAUAGUUUUGAAGUAGGCUGAACCAGUAAAUCAGUCUAACAAAAAUUGCACCACGGUUAACUGGAAUUCUGAAGUGAUGGUUAAAGCCAGCUAUUUAUGGUCUCAUGAUCUGCAGCUGAAAUGUCUUGAGAGAAAUCCAAUAUUUUCUAUAAUAAAAGUAGCAUUGUUAUUUGUAAUAAAGUGAUUUGUCCUAAUG